GGUGAUACAUACACCCACCAUACGUUUUACUAUCCGUGUGUGGACCUAAAAUUUAUUUAAAUUAAAUUAAUUUAAAAAAAAAUUUAAUUAAAUAAAUUCAAUAACAACGAACUCGUAUCACUAUCCCCUAACCAUAAUUUUAAUCCUAAACCUAACCCCUGUCCUCGUGGGGAAGUGGGAACUGUCCCAAUGAGGGAGACUUUUCCUUGUUUUUCUAUCCUUUUGGGGAUUUUCGGUACCCGGGAAGAUAGUAAUACAAGCCCACACAGUCACGUUGUUAGAUGAUGUAGACUGGAAUGGAAUAUUUUUUUGUAGUCUAAAGUCGCUAACAGGUCCCAUAUGGAACAUACACACGGGUAAAUAGUUAUGGUAACGUUGUGUUUUAACUGUUUCAGUUUGGCAACAGUUUACAUUUCAAGAAGCCUAUCACUUUAAUCGCAUGUGUCGUCCUUGGUCUUCUCUUUAUCGCAACCAAUUUCAGACAUGACAUGUGAAUCUCUGAAACAGUCCAAGAAAGGCCGAGUUUGUUGCGCAACAAGCGCCCCCCUUUACAUAACCAGUACUAAUCCAGUAGUACUUUUUGACUAGAGAAUAUUACAGCCGUCAAACGGACUUUAACACUCGACUACCCUAAAAAGUGGAGUGAGUUUUUUAAAUGUUUUACCUGUCACUGAUUUUGUUAGUGCAAAGGCAUGUCCGGAAUUAGACGAGGCAAAAAAAUACAUAUCUUAAAUUAAAUUAUUUCCUGAAAAAUGUGCAUAUUUAUUAUUUCAACAUCAGUCCGCACAUGAAACCUGUACGGUAUUAGUGUCGACUUCAAAGUGUGGGUGAUUGAAAGGCCAGUGAACGUGUUCACCGAGAACAUGCCUGGGUUAUUAUGUAACCGCACCAUUCGACCCUGCCGGCAGACGCAGAAACACACCACUCGACCUUUCUACCUCCUUGUAGUGCCCAGUGGAUGGACGCCGCCUUGUGGUGGAUAAUGGAAUUGGUGUGAAUUGCAUUCAAUGUAGACUCAUUGGGGAGAGACUGAUCUAUGACAGACAGGUAACUGCCAAAAUAAAGGAAACACUUGAGUUAAUGAGGGAUACAAAGUAUAUUGGAAGCAGGUGCUACCACACAGGUGUGGUUCUUGAGUUAAUUAAACAAGAAACAUCCCAUCAUGCUUAGGGUCAUGUAUAUAAAUACCCAGUUGCCCAUUAUUUUGACUACCAUGGCUAGAAGAAAAGAGAUCGGUGACUUUGAAACAGGGUGGUUAAAGGGUGUGUGUUUCAAGUCACCAGAUUUAAAACCAAUUGAACACUUAUGGGAGAUUCUGGAGCGGCACCUGAGACAGCGUUUUCCACCACCAACAACAAAACAACUGAUGGAAUGUCUCAUGGAAGAAUGGUGUCACAUCCCUCCAAUAGAGUUCCUGACACUUGUAGAAUCUAUGCCAAGCCCCGGGAUGGAGGCCCACAGCUCAAGCCGGUCCAGCCUAUCCAGGAAGAGGAGGAGAGAUGGGUCUAAUGGAGAGACAGAGGAGGUAGAACGGCCAGGGAAAGUCCCAAGAUCCACCGUGGGUUUAAAAGAUCCCGCCCCCUAUGCUGAUGAGCUGGAGUCGGCUGAGGACACUCCAUACCUGCGAGUCAGUAUGGACGAGGCCAAGAGGGGAACUCCAUUUGAUAGGCCAGUUCGGGUGUAUGCAGAUGGCAUCUUUGAUGUGUUCCACUCAGGCCAUGCCCGGGCCCUCAUGCAGGCCAAGGGCCUCUUUCCAAACACACACCUUAUUGUGGGCGUGUGUAGUGACGACCUGACACACAAGUUCAAGGGGUUCACGGUGAUGAACGAGGACGAGCGCUACGACGCAGUCAGCCACUGUCGCUACGUGGACGAGGUUGUCAGGAACGCGCCCUGGACGCUUACGCCCGAGUUCCUCUCCAAGCACAGAAUCGACUUUGUUGCUCAUGACGACAUCCCAUAUACAUCAGCAGGCCAGGACGACGUUUACAAGCACAUCAAGGAGGCGGGCAUGUUUGCGCCUACCCAGCGGACGGAGGGAAUCUCCACCUCGGACAUCAUCACGCGCAUCGUCCGCGACUAUGAUGUGUACGUGAGACGCAACCUGCAACGCGGCUACACGGCCAAGGAGCUCAACGUCAGCUUCAUCAAUGAGAAGAAGUACCACCUGCAGGAACGUGUGGACAAGGUGAAGAGGAAGGUGAAAGAUGUGGAGGAGAAGAGUAAAGAGUUUGUGCAGAAGGUGGAGAACAAGAGCAUUGACCUCAUCCAGAAGUGGGAGGAGAAGUCCCGGGAGUUCAUUGGCAACUUUCUGCAGAUGUUCGGCCCUGAGGGAGCACUGAAGCACAUGUUGAAGGAGGGCAAAGGGCGCAUGCUGCAGGCCAUCAGCCCCAGCAGCAGCCCCACCCGUGAGCGUUCCCCCUCGCCCUUCUUAAACAAGGCUUCACCUUCCCCUCCAUCCCACCACAGCGCAGCACGGGGAUACCACAUCAGCGAGGAUGAUGAGUCUGAUGAAGAUUAAGGCUCACUUUAUUUAUUUUUAUCUUGGUCUGUUAAUCCCGCCCCUCGGUCCGUCAACAAUAUCAGCAUUCAACCCCUCCAAACAAAUCAGUAUGUCCACUUAUAUAUGUAUAGCAUUGUCUCUCACUUCAUUUGCUCUACCCAUUUAAUUUUUCCACUCCCUUUUUCAAUUGGUGUCCAUUUCUUAUGGACUGUACUACUGUCAGUCCAAGGAGGGUUGAUGCAGUGUAGCAGUCACAUCUCUUAAUUUUAUUCAGUCAGUAACCAUUACCCUUCAUGUCACUUAAAUUUUAAUUUCACAUUAUCAAUUUCUCUGAUGCACGCUUCCUACUCAAGAUGUUAAUCUUAGCAAGGUGAUUUUAUCUUGUUAACCUUGAGUUUAGUGGGGAAUUUGAGUGUCCCCCCUAUUGUGUUGAGGGGUGUUUGGUGCACUGUUGAAUUCCUUCUGAGCUGAGUCUUUGCAAUGUAGGAACCAUCAGUCCCUUGCUCUCCCCUCGAAGUGUUAUUGUGCAUGUGUGUAAACUACUAGUUGUGUAGGCAUGUCAAUGUCCUCCAUCCAUGGACUGACCUGGAUUCAGCUUGACUGUUUUUGCACAUUGUAAUAAUGCUUAGUUGUUUUUUUUGGUCAGUCUUUGGACAGUGGAUUUUAAAGAAGUGCCCAGCGUUUGAACUCCAGAACUAGAUCUUGUUCAGUAGGGCUCAAAGGAACUUAUUUCAGGAGGUUCCUGUUUUUUGGGGUUUGACAAUGUGCCCAAUAACAAGACUUCAUUUUAAAAACGACUGGGGAAUACAAUUGUGUCCCAUCUCUCCCUCCUGUAGUUGGGCAUUGCUUGUUUUUGGCUGUUAGCCCAUCCCUUACUGGGCUUAGUCUCUCCAUGGUGGCAAAGCAGGAUUUAAAAAAAUGUAUUCCCUAUAUACAGUAGGCUAGCUGAAAUAUGGGAUUAUUUUAAGCAUAGUAUUAGAUUUAAGAAUCAGUCCAUUAAAAUUGCUUCUCAUUAGGGGCAUGGGCUAUAGAUCACUUGGUGUCAAGACUUGUCUAUAUACAUGGAAACAAGAACAUUGUUUGCGUUGAAUUUGUAGGGCUAAGAGAAACCAGUAGAACAUAAAUGGCAUUUUUAAAAAGUUACCCACAACCAUGUAAAAUUUAUUUAAAAAAAAUGAGUUGGAUCCUC